GUAACAAACCAGGGGUCCUGCUGAUUGCCGGUGCCAGGGUGCCCGGUCUGCACAUGCUUGACCGGAGAACAGACGAGGACUUGUUUGCUGCGGAAAACUAUCGGUUCCUGCCACGCAGCUGAACAUAAGACGCGACAUCCCGCUCGUCGUGUCGCGCAGCCAGGCGGUCCCUUGCAUGGGGAAAUGACCACACCGUUGGGUCAACUCUGGGAAACCCUUCCCUCAUCAGCUGGACAAACGCGCUAUUGGGUUCCGGAAGUGGUUGGACGGUGUUGAACGAACCCCAUCGCCGAAAUCCCCACCGCCUGUUGGCGAGAACGCACCACACCCAUCCUGCCGACAGAAUCUUGCGUUCACUUCUCCAACCCAGCUCUUCGUUCCCGCCCAUGCCACAACAGCGGCGGUCCAGCAACCGACGCGGCAUCUAGAGACUCGGAACACGAACCCGAGCUCAAACCUGUUUAAGCCGGAAUUCCCUCACAGCACUGCCCGAGAUGGGGCACUCCUCGAAGUUUAUUUUUCCGCUACCCGGCCGCAGAUCGAAGACAGCACCUCCCGCACCGGCAACGGGCCCCUUGACGACGAAGGCGCAGAAGAUCCUGGGCACCGCGGAGCUCAGUCUCGACUCACGGCCAACACAGGGGUGGGGAACACAGUCAAACUCGGGGAUCAGCAUCGCAGUGACCGAGACGACGAAUGGAGAGGUUGGGGAUGCUGCAGCACGCGACGAGUGGGCUGGUUCUAGGGGCCUGCGGGAUAGGCGAUGGGAGCAAGAGUCGGAGAUCAUACCGGCGGGACUGGGCGGCCAACCGUCAAUGUUGGGCGGGUCCAUGGUCCCUGACGGCGCCACGGAUGCGUCGAGCCUGCGGCGGCGGCAGUCGAGCUCCACCAUCACAUCUUACUACGACAAGUCUCAGCUACCGCUUUCGAUAUCACAGCAAACGUCGAACUCGGCAAUGGCCAAGGGGCUCCCGCCGAAAGCUCUGGCGCUGUUAGACAUGGACGGUGAUUUCACUGAAUCGACGCAAGCGAGGAAGGCUCGGAAAAAGCCCUCACGGCUUGACCUCUCGGCUUUGCUCCGGGGGCACAGGACGCCAAAGCAUCUCCACCCGGACUCGAACAAAACACAACACAUUGGACGCGAGAUGCCGGUGACCUCCCCGCCCGCCAUUUCUACGCCGACGGCCCCAACCCCACCGCCGGUACAACAGCGAGUCGACCGGUCACUCAGGAAACAAAGUACAGUAGAGUCGCUUCGGGAGAACCGGGCACAGCAAACACCGGCUUACGAGCUGCCUGGCCAUCCUGGCAUCGGCAAGGAGCAACAGGCCAAGUCCAGCAUGGACCUGUACAACCUCUACGACCACUACGAGCAAAGGACCUUUGCAGAUGCCAUGGACCAGGAGCUGGACGGUUGCACCUACCAUCUCGAGCCGCCGUUAGACCAACAAGCCCCUUCCUACCCCAUACCACCGACCGUGCAGUCCGGGAAAGCCUUCCUCUCCCCCUUUCCGUCCACCGGGCUGCGACCCGCUCAAGCAGCUAAACCUUCGCCACUCACCGCUGCUGAGCUGAGGCUGGUGGGCAUCGGGACUCCCUCGAGCCCGGUGCCCGCCGACUGCGCAAGCGUAUCCAGUCGACAUACCAGGACGUCAAAAGCGUCAAAACGGACGGAUCACAGUCUACAAGAGAUUGACUUGCUGCAGAACAGCGUCUUGGCCCUGUCAUCCGACUCGGAAGACGACUAUGAACCCUCAUCGAAGGGAUCCCUUGCUGUUCCGACACUGAGCGAUGGGCAGACGAGUCCGACAAGCCCACGGUCGCCGGUAUCCCAGACCAGUGCAUAUGACGGGAACCGAGGGAAACCAGUGAGAGGCGCUAGCAUCGCACCGAGCCCACAAAUCUACUCUGGCAGCCAAGGCCCAACGGCACCAAAGGGCCCAAGGAUCAGCCCGCGGAGCAGUUCCCUGAACUCCAAGGCGUCUUCGGGCCACGGCUUGGUCGUCGAGACGUCACGACUCUCGAUUGGCACCACCUCCACUGAUCGGACUGUUUCGAAUGUCCGAAGCCCGGGUUCAGGCCCAGCGGCUACCACGACAAAGGUACCCAAGAAAAUGCGGAGCGAGUCCCAAUUCGAUUUCCCAGCCCCACCGACGCGCCGAGGCUCCCGGUCAACGUCCGUAUCCCGGGUCUCGGAACACUCGCACCCCGCGUCACCUACCAGCGUGGACCUGUACUUGCAAAGCCAUCGUUCUCCCUUGGCACCCGACGACGGGUCCAUCCGCAGCGGCGCGAGCUUGAGCAGUGCGGCCAAUGGCGGACGUCGCAACAGCGCCACCAGCAUCCACGACAACAACAGUGGGAGAUUCAUGGCGGUCACGAGACAAGAGGAGAUGCUUUUGGCAGCGCUGAGGAUGAAGCGCGCACGGAUGCGGGAGGACAUCAUUGCCGAAUUUGAGGACGACAUGGACCGAGACGAUCAUCACGAACUCAGGCGAGAGAUAACCAAUGACAGCAUGACGAGGCAGUCCUCGAGGAGCACGAUACGCCAUGAGGCGGGUGCGCUGAGCGCGCGCCCACGCCCCCCGCCCGAGGUCAAAGCAACGGAGAAACCGACGAAGGGGGAUCCGCUGAGGAUCAUGAUUGACAGGUCGCCGUACGACGCCUCGCUUCGCACGCCGGCUUCGGAGAUUAGCGACUUCAUUCAUUUUGAUGACGCCCGCAGCCCGCAAAGCCCCGCCGGGGUAGAGCGGAAAGACAGCAGAGCGAGCUCCAUCAGCAGCCAAAGAUCGGCCUCGGCGAGGCAGAGAGGUUCGCUGGGUGCCAUGACUGCGCCCGCACCGCGGAGGCCGCAGCGGAGGGACGGCAGCACGUCACGGAGGGGUUCCGGACAAUUCAGCCCCAACGGGCAAAAUGAUUUACCGCACCAAAUUCUAGAGGAUCCGGCAGAGGACGACGACGCCGGCAUCCCACGGCCCGACUCACCUAUCUCACCGUCCGAUUUCCCAACGCCGUUGUCGAUCAAGCACAACAAGCAGGUGCGGUUGAGUGCCGUGGGCUUUUACAAACCCAGCGCCGAGAGUGGAUGGUGAUGAACACGGGCGACAGACGUCGCAUUUUCCUUUGUCAUCAGCAGCGUGGCGCACCAAAAAUGGAUGGCGGCACAGUCUUUACAGCGCACCGGGUAUUCCCAUCAGCGUGGGGAAACGGGAGUAAUACGGACGAGGCAGUUUUGGAUACGGAUAGGGGCAUGAUCUGACGACCGGAUGGCCCAACUGAUACACUCGCUUCAUUCACCCCGGCCCGGAGCCGGGACAAGAUUUGGGAGAUAGACACUUAU